AACACGCUCUAAUUCAGUCGUUCUCUCCCUAGUAAUUGAAGCUUUUACAAGUUAGUAUCCAGCUGAGGUGCAAGGACAAAGCUAUCUUAAGCCCAACUUGAAGAAGCAAGCAAUGAAGCUAGCCUUGGUAAUUCUGGUCUUUUCCACCCUAUGCUUAGCCAUAACCCCAACUCUUGCGAUUUCUAUGUCGAAGCCCGGUUGUCCAGAAAUGUGUGGAGAUAUCACCAUUCCCUACCCUUUUGGAAUUGGUUCCGAAUGCAGUGCAAACUCCUCAUUCACAGUUGUUUGCAAAAGUUCAGCUGGAAACUCCUCAAGAAUGGUGCCAUUCUUGAGCAGUAUAAAUAUGGAAGUAGUGAAAGUUUCACUGUGUGGUGUGGUUAUAGUGAAUCUGCCCGUGUCGCCUAUAAACUGCUCUGAAGGAAGGCAAACAAGAGAGUCUAUACCUAUAUCACUCAAAGGAAGUCCGUUAACAGUCUCAGCACGCUAUAACACGUUUUUUGUACUAGGCUGCAAGGCUGCUGUGUGGUUUCAUGAUGAUGGAACACAAGUUGGAGGAUGCUUGGGUAGGUGUGAUGAUGCUAAUUCUACAGGUGUGACCCGUUGCGAUGGCGUAAAUUGCUGUCAAACACCAAUUCCAAGACGAGGCCAAGAGUUUCAGUUUACUUACCAAAUUAUUCAAACCAGCAACAGCAGUUUCUGUGGGUAUGUUUUUCUUGUUGACACUAAUUGGUGGGUAGCUGAGGAUUACAGAAGGCAAAAAGGCCUUUUGGAUGAUCGGUCGAAUCCAUUUGAUCACGAGUUUAGAUUUGUGCCCUUGGCACUUGAGUGGGAAUUUGAUAGAAAAGAUGGUUAUUGCUUAUCUCCGAAUUCUGAUUAUCGAUGUCCUCUUGAUCCGUAUGAAUACGAAACGUACUUGGAUUAUUCUGGAUCCAACUUAUAUCAAUCUUCAGCAAAAUACUGCACAUGUGGAGGACAUGAAGGAAAUCCAUAUAUACGUGAUGGAUGUCCUCGUCAUCCUUAUGUUCUUCCUGUUAACCAUAAGAGUGAAAGAUCUCUAUCCAUCAUUAAAAUAAUUUUCAUUGUUAUUGGCAGUGUCGUUGGUGGGUUGAUUUUGCUAGCUGCAGCUUGGAAGUUUGGCAAAGCUGUUACAGAGACAGUUAAGACUAUCAAGGCUAGCCGAAAACACAUGUUUUUUAAGAGAAAUGGAGGCAUUUUGUUGGAGCAACAGUUGGCUGCUGUUGAGAAUGACAUUGAGAAAACCAGAUUGUUUACUUCCGUUGAGUUGGCCAAAGCUACUGAUGAUUAUAAUGAGAAUCGAGUACUUGGCCGUGGUGGUGAAGGGGUUGUGUAUAAAGGGAUGUUAGAAGAUGGAAGAAUCGUGGCAGUGAAGAAGUCGGAGAGGGUGAACCAAGGUGACGAUGUGGAAGGCUUCAUUAACGAGGUUGUGAUUGUAUCGCAGAUCAAUCACAGGAAUGUGGUCAAGUUGUUGGGGUGUUGUCUGGAGAGCGAAGUUCCUCGUCUUGUGUACGAGUUCGUCCCCAAUGGCACUCUAUUCUCUCACAUCCAUCAUCCACAUGAAGAUUUCCCCUUAUUCUGGGAAAUGAGGGUGAGAAUUGCCAAGCAAGUGGCUGGAGCUCUCGCCUACUUGCACUCUGCUGCAUCUGUUCCUAUCUAUCACCGUGACAUCAAGUCAACCAACAUACUCUUGGAUGAAAAAUAUCGUGCCAAACUAUCAGAUUUUGGGACGUCAAGAUCAAUUUCUCUUGAUCAAACUCACGUUACCACACGAGUGGUAGGAACGUUCGGGUACUUAGAUCCAGAGUAUUUCCAAUCUAGCCAUUUCACAGAAAAGAGCGAUGUUUACAGCUUUGGUGUGGUACUGGUUGAGCUUCUGACGGGGGAGAAAGCUGUAUCGGCUGUUAGAGUUGAAGAAGGAAGGGGUCUGGCCAUGCAUUUCCUGCAUUCCAUGGAGCAAGAUCAGUUAUUCGACAUUGUUGAUGCAAGAGUGCUCAAAGAGGGCAAAAAGGAGGAAAUCGAGGCGAUGGCUGAAAUCGCUAAAAGAUGUCUGUAUUUGAAUGGGAAGGGAAGACCAACAAUGAAGGAUGUUUCGCACCACUUGGAAGGAAUCAAAGUAGAGAAUCCUGAAAACCAGAUUCAAGGCAGUGGCUGUGAUCAUGUUGAAGAUGUUCACUCUGAUGGCCUCUCUUCCAUCUCAGAAAUCAUUGAAUGUUCGUCGUUUGAUGAGUCUUGAAGAAUACUACUAUUGAAUGUUGAAGACUUGAAGUAGUAAUUUCAUCCUGAGCAAGCAACCUAUGAUUUUCGGAUUCUGUGUGUAUGUGUGUGUUUAAUACACUAUUUAACUUAUGUGUGUAACAUAAUAUGUGCAAUGUUUAUCAUUAGAGACGAUUAAUUUUAUUGCCUAGAAAUUUCUAAGUGAGUGAUUUCCAAAG